AUGUAUGGUAUAUAUGUUGUUGAUCGAGGCAAUCAUCGCGUUCAGUUUUGGGAACAAUAUGGUGUUGUUGGUGUAAUUGUUGCAGGCCAGUCAGGUGUCGCUGGUGCAUGGUCAAAUCAAUUUAGUUCACCAACAGGAAUCACACUCGAUCAGUUUGGAAAUCUCUAUAUAUUGGAUUCGGGCAACGAUCGAAUUCAACAAUGGGCUUCUGGAGCAACAUUUGGUGUAACAGUUGCAUCAGUUUCCAUGAGUACUCCAAAAGGAAUGUCUUUCGAUCCAUUCGGAAAUUUGGUAGUUGCAGAUUCUGGAAACCAUCGAGUUCUUUUAUUUUCAAUUAUUUGUCGUAAGUUGGAUUAUGUUAUGAUUUUUAGCACAUGAUACUAAAAAGGGAAAUAUUUACUUUCCGAAUAUCUGAAGAUCAGAUUAAUCUUUCUAACUGUAUUGUUGACCAGAAAAAUUGUUUCAUUUUUUGAUAAAUGUAUUUUCUGAGAGAUAUGACAUGAGCUGUGAUGUUUUUUCUGUUGUAGAAUGACUUUCGGUCACCAGAUGUAAAACCAGCUGUAUUAGAAGUUUAGGCAAAGACGAUUUCGCUGUUAUUUAGUAUUGAGUUGAACGACAUUUUCUCAUUGAUGUUUUACUGAUGUUAGAAUGCAUCCCAUUUUAUAUAUUAGCAUAAAGCUGUCUGUGCCUCAUUAUAGAACACAUCAUGUUUGUAUUGGUAUCUAAUUUUACAUUGAAACAUUCAGAAAGCGAAUUAAAAUGGUUUUCAAGGAUGUACAUCUCAACAGGGAAUGAAUAUAAAAAUGAUUUUUUUCUGUUAUCUAGUCUGCUGAGAACACGUUCUAUAGGUAGUAUUUGUAAUCCAUAAGAUGAUCGUGAAUCAGAUAAUUGUGUGUUUGCUUUAAAGCACGGGAAAAAACUAUGGGUGACGGACAUUUCGCACCAAGUCAUUCCGAACCCCGGUCAUGUGUCCGGGUGUUCGGAAAUUACUUUUUGCCGUAACAAAUAUUCGACGGGAGUUCGUAAUCCUUUUUGA